AUGGCUGAACUGGUGGUUUAUGGCCGGGACAGCUGUGGCCUGUGCAACAAGUUCAAAGAAUCUUGCGAAGCACAAGGCCUGAAAUAUCGAUAUGCCAACGUUGAUGUGGCCAGCAACAAGGCCGAGAUGGCCCGGAAGCUCCGGAGUGCCGAAUGGUUCAAAGGGGGCAAGUUCGGAUUGCCCGUGGUGGACGUCUACGGGAACAUCCAGGAGAGGCCCACCAUGGCAAGUGUCAAAGCUGCGCGGGAGCUGCUGCCCAGCGAUGAGCACACCGACAAGAUGAAGAAACAGUUCAAGGAGCUUGACCUCAACAAGGAUGGCACACUCUGCUUCGAUGAGAUGCAAAAGAUGAUGAGAAGACUGGCGCCAGACAUGUCUGAAAUCCAGCUUCAGACGCUUUUCUGCGCUGCUGAUGUGAAUCAAAAUGGAGUGCUCGAACUGGACGAGUUCAUCGACUUCGUAUUGCAUGGCAAGGCGGCUGUGGCCAAGAUCAUGCAGGAUCCACCAGAGACUGAGCCGUGUCCAGCAGCAGUAAGGGAGGAGUGGAAGGAGCAUGUGCUUUUUGCGCACAACUGGUUGCGACGGCAGCACGGGGUAUUGGAGCUCAAAUGGAGUGAUGAGUGCUACGCCAACGCCAAGCGGCAAGCUGACGCUUGUCAAGCUGCUGGACGGAUGCUGCAGGGCCAUCUUGAGGGGCCCUCGGGUCGACAGGGCCAGAACCUUUAUUGGAAUCCUUGCCUAUGUCCGAGUCCCAACGUCAUCGUGGAGUCGUGGUACAAGGAACUGCACGAACCUGGCUAUGACUUUUCCAAGGCGUUGGGUUCUCUGGGAACUGAGCACUUCACACAGGUGGUCUGGAAAGGCACUUCGCAUGUGGCCAUGGCUGUGUCGGAAGAUGGAUUGUUUUGCGUGGCCAACUAUUAUCCGGCGGGCAACGAAGGAAGCUUCAAGGACAAUGUCUUCCCCGAUGGGACACCUGUGCCCCGGCCACAUGCGGGAGCUCUCGCAAAGGCGAAGGCCGCGGCAUUGUCCAAGAGCAAGGCCAAAGCGAAGGCCAUCCUGGAGGCCGGAGCGGACGGCCUUCAGACGCUCACCGUCAGGGCCCCCUCGCUGGCGGUGGACGAGAUGCUGGAAGACUGCCCCUGGAAUUUCAAGGAACGGAUAGAGAAGGCCUUCGAAGAAGGUGCUGAUCUCGUCAUGAUUGAUCGCUUGGAGGAGCCGCCUCAGACGCACAUCCGAGUCAUCACAAAGAGAAAUGGAGAGAUCCAUUCUCAGUUCAGGGGCUCCAUGGGAGGUGGCUGA